GCGGAAGGAUCCGAGGUUGGCCGAAAUUCCCUGUUCAUCGUGUGAUAUUAGUCACAACAAAAAAAUCGGUGGUGAUCGCGCAAAAAGUUUUUCGGCACAGCGUAUUUUUCGCGUUCCCUCGGCAGCAAGGUGCUGGUUGUAAACACGUCGGCGCCUCAUCCAGGACACGUCGACGACGCGAAACUGCACAAUUACGUAGGAGUUAUAGGGCAAUAUCAGCAUUCACAAUGGCGGGAGAACAACAGCAGUUUUUUCUUAAAUGGAACGACUUUCAGUCGAACAUGGUGUCGUCGUUCAAACACUUGCGAGAUGAAAAAAGUUUCACGGAUGUGACAUUGGCUUGCGAUGGUCAAACUUGCAAAGCGCAUAAAAUGGUUUUGUCUGCCUGUAGUCCUUACUUCAAAUCAUUGUUAGAGGAAAAUCCGUCCAAACAUCCUAUUAUAAUUCUAAAGGAUGUUGCGUACAGUCAUUUGCAAGCCAUUCUAGAAUUCAUGUAUGCAGGCGAAGUAAAUGUUUCACAAGAUCAGUUACCAGCAUUUCUCAAAACGGCAGACCGGCUUAAAGUUAAAGGACUAGCUGAAGCUCCUGGUGCCAUUAAGAGAGAAAAUUAAAGAUACGCACGUAAUUUUGGUCUUUGAAAGCGUGUGGACUGAAAAAAAAAAAACAUGUAAUAAUGUAAAGUGAUUGCGCAAAACACAUACCAUACAACAUAAACACAAUGAGACACAUA